AUGCAGAAGCCGAAGGCUGGAAAGGGGGGCCGCAAGACUGGACGUACCGGGUAUGCGCGCCGUCAGUUACGCAAGAAGUUGUUGGCUUCCGGGGACAUCUGCGAAUAUGACCUCAAGUUGGUGAUGCGCCGCACCACCCUUGAUAGCAUUCGCACACCCGCUAUCACAGCCAACGAGUAUCGGAUAUGGGACGACUAUUGCAUCAAACACAAGGAGUGGGGCACGGACAGGUACAAGUCGUUCUUGUUCGAGGAGAAAGAGCGCCUAGAGUUGGAAGCUUGCGAGCUCCUUACUCAACCCCGUGCGUCUACGGGUUCAGCGGACGAGGAGGGGCCCGAGCACGAGCAGGGCAUCCGUUCUUUCCACGCGCUGCGCAGGCUGGUGGCAAUCGUGCUGCAAGAACGCGACAUGCUCGACAUGACCUGCGAGCAGCUCCAGGGAAUAGGAUACGACGGCACCUUCAUCGCGCUCGGUCGGUGCAUCGUCAAAUCAGCGUUUCGCGCAGAGGCAGGCUGGUAUACCGAGAAAGAGCUUUUGAGGUAUCGAGGGUUGGCGCCGAUAGAUACGGACUCCGAGUUUGACUCAGACACGGGCUCGUCUGAGGCGGACGCCGCUGACAACGUUGGCUUCAGUAUCUACAAGAAGUCGGUGCUUCAACUCGUCAUUGCGACCACCAUAUCAAGAGGAUACGUAUUCCAGAUGGAGAUGACGGUACGCGCCAAGGCGUUGGGGUGCGCCGUCGGCGAGGCGCCCGUCACCUUUGUCGACCGUAUCUUCGGAGAGAGCAAGUUGGGGGCGGACUAG